AUGAAUCCACUUUCAAUUUUGCUGAACAAAUGCACUCUAAAUGGAGAUAACUAUGAAUGGAAAAGAAACCUUAAUAUUGUCCUUAAUUAUGACAAGAUCACAUGGGUUCUUUCUGACCAUGAACCUGAAGCACUGACUCCCCAGUCAACUCCACAAGAUAUUGAAUAUCAUAAGAAGUGGCAUGAUGCAAAUGAGCUGGCUAAAUGCUAUAUAUUGGCCUCUAUGAACAGUAUAUUGCAAAAGCAACACGAAGGCAUGGGUAAUGCUGCUGACAUAAUGUUGCACCUACAUGAGAUGUUUAGUACAAAAACUAGAUCUGCUAAGGUGAAAGCAAUCAAUGCUUUUAAGGACCUUAAGCAGAAACCUGGGGAGCUAGUUAGAGAUUACAUGUUGAAAGUGAUCUCUUGUCUCAAUGAGGCAGAACUAAAUGGUGCUGAGAUAGAUGGGAAAACGCAAAUAUCAAUGAUCAUUCAUAGCUUAAAUUUGUCAUUUUCACAGUUCAAAUUAGAUUAUGAACUGCACACUAGGGAUUACACCUUAGGUGGGCUAAUGAAUGAUCUUCAAAAUGUGGAAGAGGUUCUUGAUUUGAAAAAGAAACCUGAAGCACAUGCAAUUUCCACUUCUAAGCCCAAACCCAAGGGUAAAAACAAGAUAACUGGAAAUAAAAAGAUUUCUAAGGGCUUAAUGGGAGCAAAGAAAAAGGCCAUGAAGAAAAAGACUGAUUCAAAAGACAACACCAAAGGAAAAUGUUUCCAUUGUGGUGUGAAAAGACAUUGGAAGUGA